AUGGCCGAGUUUGUCACGGACAACCCCAACAUCUUUGAGAAACUAGGAAGGUACCUCAAGAGGCAGGGGAAAGAAAAAGUCGAAUCUUCCAAGAGAAGAUCGGCGAAGUCCCCUGAAAUACCUUCAGGAGAGGACUCUGAUGAGGGACGUCUCUCUCGGAGUACCUCCAGGCGCGCGUCCUCCAAAGCGACCUCUAAACUUGCCUCCAUCUCCCGGGCGUUUUCCCGGGGACUGCUAGGGAAACGGGUCGAGGACCCACCUCGGCGCCCUGGAGGCCUAGCUUCUGACUACAUGAGGGCUCCGCCCUUCACUGAUGACAUCAAUGGGGAAAUGGUGCCCCCGAACUUUAAGCUUCCAAACUUGCACACCUAUGACGGUCGAGAACCAAGGAGUAUUUCCUCCCUGGAUGAUCUGAUAGACCGGUUCAUCCACCGCUUUGUGUCGUCUCGACCAAUCACCAAGAUUUCAGCUUACCUCUUGAACCUGCAACAGGGUCAGGGCGAGUCACUUCGCUCGUACGCCCAACGGUUCAACGAGAAGAAUGUGCAGAUACCUGAUCAGAACAAGCAGGUAACUAUCGCUGCCUUCACCAACGGGUUAGUGGCAGGGAUCUUUAACACCGAAAUCUAUCGGGAGUACCCCCAUACACUUCGGGAACUCUGGGAAAGAGUGGACCAGGGAAUCCGAAAUGAGGAUGUAAAUCGCAUGAAGCGAGAAGCCCAAGCAUCUCGUAUGAGGCAAGAUCCCCGGAGGAAGAAAGACACCGGUCGAGGUGAACCAGACCCAAGUGGCACUUCAAACCAACCCCGAGACCGCCGGAGUGUCUUUGACCGGAUCGUGAAAGGCCGAUCUUCCACCUCGGACGCCGAGCUGACCCCGCUCAAUUCUAGCCGAUCUCAUGUUUUGGCGGUGAUGAGGCAAAAUCACCUCGGCCGAACACCUCCUGAGAUUCCGGGAAGGAGGGAUAGGAGGAACUCCAACCUCUAUUGUGCAUACCACCGAGACGUCGGGCACGAGACCGAAGAUUGCAACGAUCUGAAGCGAGAAAUCGAAAACCUGAUUCGUCAAGAACACCUGAAACAAUUUGUCCGCAAAGAUGGAGAUUUCAACCGAAGCGCCUCCCACCGGGAGAGCCGGGGACCCCGCCGAGAGGACAGGCGGGAUACCAAACUCCAUUGCCGAGGUCCUGAGGACCAUAAGGGGGAUCAGAGGCCUCCACGCGACGGAUCGCCGGGCUACGGCCCAAAUAUUGUCGGAGUGAUCAACACCAUCUCAGGUGGCCCAACGGGAGGAGACAGUCAGAACUCCUGA